GCAGCCAGUCUUUAUCCAUCUGUUUCAUCCCUGGACGCGCACUGUGGAGCUCGGAAACGGAACAGAGCCGGCAUGAAACGUCCUUUCAGCCCAUCAUCUUUUCCAUUUCCCGACCUGGAAAGGAACAGUGUUGGCAGGGAACAACUUAUUCAGAUGGAUAGUGAAUCUUGCUUUGAGAUCCAGAAUGAGGGUGAAAAACUACAUGACACAUCACAGGGGGACACUCGGCACUCUCCACCCUGCAGACCCAAAAGAGAGCGGAAGCAGCGGACCUACACACUGUGUGAGGUCUGCAACAUUCAGCUGAACUCAGCUGCCCAGGCCCAGAUUCACUACAACGGCAAAUCACACCAAAAGAGGCUGAAGCAAAUCAGCAGUGGCAAAAUGCCAGGAAACACAGUGUCAAACAGAAAGGCUGGAAAGAAAUCUGAACUUUACCUCCAGAAGUCAGAACAGAGUGGUGACAGUGAGAGAGGAGCUCAGCACACAGGUACAUCUGCCCAGGGCAACCCCCUCCUGGCCUCUCUCCCAGUGCCGGGGCGGCCUCUGCAGCCUCAGCUCGACCUCAAACACCUCCUACCCUUCAGACUCAAUGGAUCUUCACCCCUUAGCCUCUUUCCUAACUUUAAUACGAUGGACCCUGUCCAGAAGGCAGUGAUUAACCACACGUUUGGGGUCCCUCAGCCCCUCAAGAAGAAACAGAUCAUCUCCUGCAACAUCUGCCACCUGCGCUUCAACUCAACGAACCAAGCGGAGGCCCACUAUAAAGGCCACAAACAUGCCCGGAAACUCAAAGCCAUGGAGGCCCAGAAGAACAGGCAGCGACGAGGUGGAGAGACCUCAACUACAGGGAAGGAGCGGGAGCGAGACCAAGAACGAGAACGAGACCGAAACAAGAUAACCCCAUCUGAUGCAGCUCUUCCAGCACCUAUGGAUACAAGCUUAAUAAAAGAAACAAGUCUUCAGUUUGAUCUGGAACCAAGCAUCCUGGAAGGAAAACUGGAAGAGAGUCCCAGGAGCUCGGUCAUGCUGACACCAGUGUCUGAGGUUUCCUCUGUGGAGCUGGUCACGCUUUCCCCUCCUCAGAUUUCGCCUUCCUCUCAGCUCUCUGAGACGGCAUCAGACACCAGCACUCCAGAGGGUGGAGAGGCCACCGAGGCUGCAGAGCCCACAGAGGCCACUGAGGCUAUGUGUCUGACCGGCGAGUCAAGUAACGUUGCAGACCCAUCUGUCACACCAGGGGAGCCAUGCGUGGAUGACAACAAAGACCCCAAGAAGAGCAAAGCUCACCUUCACUGUCCUGUCUGUAAAGUCACAGUGAACUCCACCUCCCAACUGGAAGCACAUAACAGCGGUACUAAGCACAAAUUGAUGCUGGAAGGUCACAGUGUUCUGCCGCGCCGUAGGGGGAAAGUAGUGGCAGCUCGAGCUGGCUGCAAGAGUAAGCGGCUGGGGAGCAAAGGCAGCGUCGGGGUGCCUAGCAAGAACUUCCAGUGUGAAGUGUGUGAAAUAUUUGUGAACUCUGAAACCCAACUUAGCCAGCACAUGAACAGCAGAAGGCACAAGGAUCGGCUGGCCGGAAAACCACCCAAACCCAAAUUUACCCCCCACAGCAAGAGCCAGCCGAGCUCCAGCUUCACGAACGUGAGAUGGAGUGGCUAUGCAGGUGUGGCUGUGUCUGCCAUGAAGAAAGCAUUCACUCAGUGCAACCUCACCUCUCUCUCCUCGCAGACCAAACUGGCCUUGCAGAAGCAGCUGACCAAGAGUUUGACAACUGGCUUCCUGCCCACCCCCCUCACCCCACCAACUCUGUGCACAUUGGCGACUAACCCGCUGGCUCUGCGCCACCCGGUGGGCACCACCACCUUCAUCCAGAGCCCAUUUCUGGGCCCUGCACUGUUCCGGCCUGCUCCGGGGCCGCUGCGGGCCACGCACACACCCAUCAUCUUCUCCCCUUAUUAAGGACUUAACCGAUCUCCCAGUUAAGCUCUAGCCCUGUCCCUUUACCAAAUCCAAGGCCCUCAUUUUACUGUGACCAUGCAACAAAGGUCACAUCCAAACUAUGCAGCCCACUUGACUUAAAAUGGGAAGAGUGCACAAAUUCCAAUUUAUCACCAGGCCUGAUGGCCUGAGAGUGCUUCUCAUCACAAAGGCCAAGAUCCCCUUUCAUGCCUUCUUUCUGCUCCUUUGAUGGCGACCUCAGGAGCAGCACAGGCCUCCAGACAGUGACUGGCACAAGGAGGCCGCAUUAUAGCCAUUUCAUGGGUCAACAUGGUUUAAAUUAUAAAUAUUAUUGUGUAAUUUAUUAGAAAAUAUAUAUAGAAAAAAUAUAGAUGUAUGUUUAGUGUGGUUGCCACAAAAUAAGGUCCCUUUACUUGAUGCUCUUAUAAAACCUUUUUUAUCUUCUAUGUGUGGAGGCUUGAUGAAAAGUUGUAUUAGGUCCGUAAAGCAGCUGAAGCAAAGCCAUACAUGUAUGGCUGCAGAGGCCAGCCUCACUCAUCAGUGUUUUCAGCUGACAAGCUUAAGCAAUGCUGUUGCAUGGUAUUGUGAAUAUGAUAAAAAACCAUAAAACGUCUUAAGGGUAGAAUUCUGAAUUUUUACUGUGAGAUUUUGUUAAAAGGUUACAAGGUGUUGGUGUCUUACCUACAGUACAUGGCACGCCUAAGCUGCCAUCACAGAUUCUACCUGGCCAUGUAUGCUGGCAUAUUUAAAAAGGCAUUUACAUGAGUGUUAACAUAAUAAUUAAGGCAAUUUUAUGGCAUUUUGAAUCCUAUAAUGUUUUUGAAGUACAUGUUUAGCUUUUGAUGCCAUCUCAGUUUGAAUAGUGCAUGUGUCUUGGGAUCAGUGAUGUGUAAUUUUGGUUCUGCUACAUCAGAAUGAUGUAUUUUUCUUUUUUUAUACCAAAGACUUGUAAGAUGUGGAAAUGAAUCUUCACUGCUCUAUUCGUACCAAGUGGUCAGAUAACUAUUUGCCAAAUUAAUCAAAGAGAAGGUUAUUUAUUCAGUUUCAGUCCUAAUACUAAGAGUUUCAUAUAUAUAAUUGGGUAAUUCCUUUAAUAUUUUAGGCGUAGUUGUGCAAAAUGCUGCAACAGUGGCACAUUGCUACAUGAGUGAGAAGGGGUUCAUAUUCCAACAUGUCCUAAAAUUCUGUGGCAGUCUGGUGUAGCAGACCAUCAGAUUAUGCAUGCUACCAUCUCAAAUAGGAAGACAAUGCUGGAGCUCAAUUCUCCUAAGGCAAAAUCUUCCUAUGCUAUGGAAAUGCAAAGUAGAUAUGUAAUAUUGCGGCAGGAGUAUUAGUAGAACCUUCAUUUAUAAAUCCAGAUUAGUUGGUCCCAAGCUAAAGUUAGCAUAUAGCCUAAAUGUGGACCUCUGCUUUCUUAAAAGAACUGCAACUUCAGAAAUGUCAAUAAUUUGCACAAAUAUUUUUUAUCAACCCUAAUCUGAUAUUAUGUUAACAUUGGUCAGUUAUUGACACACAAGUUGAGCAUAAAAAUCACUUCUUCUCAGACUAACCAAAUUAAUUAAAAUCAAAGCAGUGUAAAAAUCAGAAACUUUUCAGAGGUAAUUGUGAAUGGUAAUUUAUGUAUUUUUUAGACCUUCUCACAUUUCUAUCGAUCUGUUGCGCUGACCAGAAAUGUUAAGCUCUAAGUUUAUGUCUCGCAUGGGAUGAUCCAGGAUCAGCCUCGAUUUCCCUUGUAAAUAUUCAUUGGCUUUUGUGUAAACAACUGCCUGAUGUGAACAAGACGAUGGUUUCAAGGUGUGUUUUUUGAGAAAGAAGUUGUUUCCAGCACUGAGGCACAGUUGCUUUCAAUGCUGCCUUGCCUUGGUUGUUUGUCUUGUUGGACUGUGAAGCGUGAUGUGAAACACCUGCACUCCCAUGACCCUGCUAGAUAAGUAGACAUGGACAGGGGACAGACAGACAGACGGAGGAGGUGUUAUAUGAAGGUAUGAAAACUGUUAACUUUAAUCUCUGAAACCAACUAAUCUGGAUUUAUGAUAAACUAAAAAGUCAAUAAAUAUAUUACUGAAGGUAAGAAAUUAUUCGCCUUUUAAUCUUUUAACAGAAGCUCGCUCCAAAAAUUCAAAAUAAUCACAUUAAAGGUUCUCAAGGACAAAAGCGACACGUCACUGUAGGUCUAGAACUAUGUAUUGUUUGUGUUAAAAUGCAAAAGAAAAACUGCAUUACUGAUGUCUGUUUCUUUCUUUUCAAGUCAGAGUAACAGCCCCUGCAUCCAAGUUAUUUUUUAAAAAUACACCCAGUAUUAAACAGUAAGUAAGAUCCAAAAAAGGUCAGCUUGUCAAUGAAACUAUCUUUCAGUUUGCAAAUCUGCUCUUUGGAAUCUGAAUUCUUUCUUCAGAGUAUUACUCAUGCAUGCAACCUGGGAUUAUGCUUUUCCUAAGGUAGCGGCAUGAAAAUAUUUUUUCGCAGCUAUACACGUCUUAUCCUGCCAAAUUCCCCUUUGUUUUGCUCCCAUUCUCACUUCUUUUUAACCCCAUUUUCCUUUCACCUCACUACCAUCACCUUGACGUUGUCCCUGAUUUUCUUCUGCUGUGAUCUCAGUUUAAGCCGAUGAGGAGCAAGGAAAUGACGCACACAAUCAAAGCACAUAAUGAGAACACAAUGGAUAACUUGAUGAUUUGAUAGGAUUUUAAUGUUUGAUGAAAAAUUUGACAGCGGGUGGGAAGGCUGCUCAGCCACAUUCUGAUUGACAUCCCAGUGCUGUGUCUGAGCUUAGCGUGUAGAAAGGGGUGUGGGGAGGAUACAAAGCACAGUGCCAUGGCAACCACAUUAAAAAGCACCUUAAAAUGGAUUUACUUACAAAAGCAAUGAUUUUUAUGUUGAUGUUCUCUUGUUUUAUUAUUAUUUGUAAGUGUAUGUUUUAUCAAAUUCUGCUUUGAAGAAAAAAAAAAACAAGUGAGAAUGAUCUUGUUAUAGUUUAUCUGUAAUGAUGACAAGCCUCACAUUUAAAGCAAUACAUUCAGUA